AUGUAUCGGUGCUACAAAUCGGCCGAUCAAUUGAAGGACGCUCUUGCAAUAUUCCAAAGGCACCCACGCCUUAAAGUUCUCGAAAAUUCGACGAUUUUGACGAUCAACAAUGUCGUACCGAGCGCCGAAUUUCGGUUAUAUUCUUGCAAUGACUCGAAAAUUUGGAUUGGAAUCAAACCGUUUAUGGGAAGCACGCAUAUUUUCGUCAACGGUCUCGGUCAGUUGGAUGAGCAGAUCUUCAUCCCUUUUUUUAAGCAUGUAUUACGCGAGAAUACCGACACUUUGCUGGCUAACCCACACAGCUGCCUAAUUGGCGACAUACCACUUGUGGAUUCGGCUCGAGCAUACCUGCGCGGCAUCGGACAUAAUUUAUACUCGUCUUCUGCGACGUUGUUGUACUGUUUCCGGAAAGACCUGCAGUUUCCAGAAUAUAAAUUGCCGGAAGGUUUUACGAUGGGCCCAUUCUGUGAGGAAGAUGUGCCGACGGUAGCGGCAACAUGGCAAUACAAAUCACCUACCGAGGAACAAAAAGUGAGGAUGCGUAUGAAACAUUUGGCGACGGUCUGCAUCAAGCGCGCCUCUGAUGGUAAACCGGCAGGCUUCUUCAUGCUCGAGCACAAUGGCAUGCUUGUUCAUGCUUUUGUUGUGCCCGAAUUUAGGGGAUUAAGAUUACGUGAGGCCCUGUUCUUUUCCCUUGGCGAUCACGUCCGUCAAAAGUUUGGCAUUGAACCAUACUUUUGCACAGUUAAAACCAACGAGGUGAUGUUUCGUUGGCUGAAAAAGGAUUGGGAGGUCUAUGACGAAACGGGCGCCGUCGCUUCGGUCGAUUUUCAAGCUUUCGAGACUGAUGAAGCCUUGUUUAAAAAAAUCGGC